CGAAAACGUCGGUCCGCGCCGGCGACGACGGCAGGACGGUGCGGUGGAGAGAGGCGUGAGGUUGGGAAGGGAAGGAGACAGAGCAAGUGAGAAAGAGUGAGAGAGCAGCAGGUGACGCGUAAGGAGAGAGAUCGGCGAUGUGAAGUGAGGAGAGAGUUGAGGUCUGAAAAGUGACAAGUGACCAAGGUGAGGUGUGGAAGACACCGCCGUCAGUGCGUUGGUAAAGGAACCCAUCCGUGACCCCGCCGGUGACUGAGGGGGCAGAGUGACAGUUUGCGUUUGAAAGAAGAAGCGCGGUUUGUUGUCAGAUGAUGGAUAAACACUGUGACCAGACACAAUGAAAGAAGGGCAAUCUGCUGUUUCAAGACAACAACAUCGGACAAUAUAGCCCACCACCGGCUCAGUCGCGGCACCCGGUGAGCCGCGGUGACCUGUGGUGACCUGCAGUGACCUGCGGUGACCUGUGGUGACCUGCGGUGACCUCUGCUGACCCCGCGGCGCGGCCACCGCCGGCGGGCGGUCCGUCAUCACGCCGGCCAUCGGGAUGCCCAACAGAAAGGGCCUUCUGGCUCCACAAAACACCUUUCUUGACACCAUCGCCACCAGAUUCGAUGGCACCCACAGCAAUUUUGUGCUGGGAAAUGCCAAGGUGUCGGCAACAUUUCCGAUCGUCUACUGUUCGGACGGGUUCUGCGACCUCACGGGGUUCGCGCGCGCCCAGAUCAUGCAGAAGGGCUGCGCGUGCCGGUUUCUGUACGGCGCAGAUACGGCCGAGGACCACCGUCGACAGAUCGAGCUGGCCCUGCAGGAGAAGACCGAACUCAAACUGGAGGUCAUGUUCUACAGGAAAAACGGCUCUCCGUUCUGGUGCCUACUGGACAUUGUUCCGAUCAAGAACGAGAAGAGGGAGGUGGUUCUGUUCCUGGCAUCGCACAAAGACAUAACGCCGACCAAAGUGGCGCAGAUGUCCACGCUGUCGUACGAGGAUCAGGACGACGAUCAUCUGUGCGACAACGGAGAGCGAGAUCCGAACGGCAACGAGCUAGACGUCGAGGCGCCCCCGAUCAACUACCAGCGGCGGCGCUCGCGAGCCGUGCUCUACCAGCUCUCCGGCCACUAUACGCAGGAGAGAAAGUCCAAAAUAAAGCUCAAUAACUCGCUGCUCCAGCCUGGAUCAACGGCGCCACUUCCCGAGUACAAAACUGUGUCUGCCAAGAGAUCCAAGUUUGUUCUGUCUCAUUAUG